AGCGCAAAAGCGGAGGACCUGCUCAGAUACCCAUUUGGCUCUUUGGGGUGUUUUGUUAUUGUUGCUGUUGUUGUUGUUGUUGUCGUUAUUGUGGCUGCUGUCGUUCUGGAAAGCUGGGAGAUGCUCUCUGGAUGGCCGGAGAGUCGAUGGUAAAAUCCAGGACGAUGGAUUUCAGCACAUCGUCCGUGUUCGGGCAGCACAAGGGUGACUCAGUGGAAGAAAUUGACUUGACACUGGUGUAUCAGGCUGCCGCCAAUGGGGAUGUCAACACGCUGACCGCCGUGAUUCGGGAAGACCCCUCCAUCCUGGAAUGCUGUGACAGCGAAGGUUGUACCCCUUUGAUGCAUGCGGUCUCUGGACGCCAAGUCGAUACCGUGAAGUUGCUGUUGAAGAUGGGGGCCAAUAUCAACACCCAGGACGCGUGUGGACGCACCAGCUUGUCUCUGGCCACCUACCUGGGCUGGCUGGAAGGCUGCGUGAGUCUGCUCAGAAACGGAGCCAAGCAGAACAUCCCCGAUAAGAACGGACGCCUGCCUGUCCACGCCGCCACGGCCGAGCCCGAUGUGAGGCUCUUAACUGUGCUUCUGCAACAGUCAAGUCUCAGUGAAAUUAAUCACCAGGACAACGAGGGGAUGACGUCGCUUCACUGGGCUGCUUUCCACAGCAGACCCCGGCAUGCCCAGACCCUGCUCCGGAAAGGGGCCGACCCAACGCUCCUGGACAAGGACUUCAAGACUGCUCUCCACUGGGCAGUGCAGAGCGGAAAUAGAAUUCUGUGCUCCAUCCUCUUGGGUCACGCCCGGAGCCCAUCCAUAAUAAACUCCGAUGACGAGAACGGGAAGACGUGCAUGCACAUCGCGGCUGCAGGCGGUUACAGUGACAUCAUUGCAGAACUGGCCAGAGUCCCCCAGUGCAACGCACAGGCCCUGGACGUGGAUGACAGGACCCCUCUGCAUUGGGCAGCAGCAGCGGGCCGGGCUGACUGUGUCCAGACCUUAUUGCAGUUGGGCGUGGACAGCAGCCCCCGCGACACAAGCGAAAACACCCCUCUGGCCUACGCGCUGUUCUGCGGACACACGGCCUGCGUCAGACUACUUUCCCAGGAGAGCAGGCCCGAACCAUCUUGUCCCCUUCCUCCCGCCUGCCCGGGAGUCCUGAGAAAGGAAGGGCGGUUCAGUGUGCUCAACCACAUCUUCUGCAAAAGGAAGAAAGGGGAGCAGAGGAGCCGUGGAGACGGCCGCAGCAGGCGCAAGCCCCAGGACACGUCGGAGGUCGACGACAUCAUCACGACGUUCGACUGCAUCAUGGACCCCGGCUGCGGCGAGCCUCCCCUCGAGCGUAGGGCCGCAGCGGCCGUGGGGCCGCGGCCCCCAGAAACCCACAAGUACCUGCCCCCGCCAGAAAAACCACGUCUGGACGGCGGACGGCUCCCACCCCUCAAGGUCCCAGGCCUCCCACCCAUCUCUCUGGGCCUGGCCUCCCCCGCUGCCAGGCCAGGCUGGGGCCCAGCGGCGGAUGCCGCUCCAUCCAAAAUUCCAAGGGGCAAGAGCGGAGAACGGCUAUUCCUGGAUCCCAGGACCACCCUCCCCCUGGCGCUAGGGAAGCCCGGGAGCUGUGCCGCGCCCCGGCUCUUCUCCUGGACGGCGAGUCCUGCCAACGGAGAGCCAGAGGGCUUCCCGGAGGACAGGCCCGGACCCAGGGACCGCCUCGGUCUGCCCCACCUGCCGCGCCUGCCCAGCCCUCUUCCCGGACACAGCGGUCAGCACGUCUCCCUGUACAGGCCCCAAGGAAAGGACGCUCCUUUAGCUCGGAACAGCCUCUCCCCUCUACCAGACCUCUGUGCUCAGAAAUUUCUACCGCGGGAAUCUCUGAGGCCCAGCCGGGUGCUUCCUGCUAUCCCCAGCCAGAAAGGAGUCACCGUCGCAGCCAGAGACGCAGAGAACUCCACCAGGAGGAGAGACGACGACGAUUAGCCAGGAGCCUCCUCCAGGGCAGCUCAGAAACACCCGAGUAUAGCGGCACAGCGAUGGUCCUCAUUCGGAAGAGCGGGGCGCGUCCUGAAAGCCAUGCGUUGGUGAACAUCUCUAUUAAGUGAAACUCUCAACUGUUAAUAAAUCCCCAUU